GGGAAAGGUAUUGGCCAUACAGUUUGGUACGAUGGGGAUCGCCGUGGAGGCGAGGAAAGUUUAUCCCUAUCCCUUCCAACAUGUUGUGACCAGCUACCUCAAUAAGUAUCCAACUCCCUUGGAGAAACAUGUUCUUUCCGUCAAGACAGUAGAAGAGAAAACCGAUCCAGCAACAGGUGUUGUAUACAGGAAGCGGAUUGCAACAUGCAACAAUGUGAUUCCAUCCUUCUUACGAAGAUGCAGCAUUUUAAAGGUAUCAAAUGUAUACCUGGAAGAGGAGUCAUGGCUAGAUAUGAAAACAAGGGUUAUGACACUUGAAACCCACUGCUUGACAUGGGCACAGUAUGCAACAAUGAAGGAGGAGUCUGUAUACAAGGAGUGCACAGAAAAUUCCAAUUGGACCGAAUUCACCCAAAAAGGGACAAUAACAAUCACUGGGGCUGGCUUUCUUAAUCGUGUCCUUGAAACCUUCGCCCAAACUUUUCUCAGUCACGGAGUAAAAAAGAGCAUUUCAAUCAUGGAAACCAUUCUCCGUGAAAGAUGUGGCUGCCCUUUCUCCUGACCAUGAACUGCUCUGACUGGGACACAUUAUAUAUAAACGGAAGACAGGGCUGUCUUUAAAAAAAUUUUGCAACGUUUUUUUUUUCCUUCUUUUUCACUGAGCAGCACUCAGGGAACGAAUCAGCCAGUUAGUUUGCUAAAUUGGCUUUCUCACCUUUAACUUUUAAGCUAUUCCAUUAUACAGGAUCACAAAUAAGAGCUGGAGAGUGCAAUGCGAAUAUAAUCAAGUCUGAAAUGCACACUUCAUCCUCAUCUUGUGAUGAACUAUCCCAUUAAUCUGAACAAUGCUGGGCUGCCUUCUGCGACUCCAAGGAAUUUAACAAAGAAAAGACAAGUCGUUUUUCCGUCCUGACCACUAAUACAUGCUAUUUCUUGCAGAGGGCUAAUUUUUUUACAUGUAUAUAUUUUAUAAGUUUAUACCAACUCAUUAACUGGCAUGAUGAAUACAUGAAUUUCCAAGAGCUGAAAGAAAAAUUGGGGGUUGCAUAAACAGGGGAAAAAAAAUCAAUAAAAACAAAAAAAAAUAUGAAAAUAUACUUGCUAGGUCUGUUUUGAGUGGCCUUUGAGCAGCCCGUGUCUGUGGUGUAGUGAACCUGCCUCUUUAUACAAACCUACAUAUAUUCUCCUAUUUUGUAACGUCCUCUAUGUCCUGUGGUCUCCAGUGCAAGUGAUGACAGCAAUCAUCAGUAGCCUUCCAACUCCUCCCUCUUAAGUGAAUGUGACCUACACCUUUCAUAAUGAUUCCAGAAUGAAAAGAUUAUUGGAAAUCA